CUUUUUUAAUCUAACCUGAUAUUUACAGAGGAAAGUGAAGAAUGAGGACCAAACUGUGCAAUUUACUUCAUGCAAUCUCUUCAGCGAGGGCGCAGCAAGGUCACACAACUCCAAUGCUCCUGAUUACAGUGUAAUCAACCGCUACCUACCAUUCAUCCAAUCAGUGCUGGGCAACACAAACAACAAACCCACUUGAAUAAAUUUUGACCAGCUGUAGCUUUAUGUUACCAUUUGCAAUCAUUAUGCAGCAGAGAUGAAUGGUUCUUGCUGAUGUAGCAGGAGAAGGGUUCCCAUGUUUAACAUGUAAAUGGAAGGUGAAGUUAUGGACUCGCACACUUUCUGGAACCAAACAGCUCACUAUGAGUCUCUCUCCAGAACUUUGUUUUUCAUUUUCAACUGCACCGUUUUAACCUUAACAUUAGUCCUGGGUUUACCCGGGAACUUGUGGGUUUGUUGGGUUGUUUUCAGGACCAAGAGCCUACAGACCUCCAAUAAUGCGCUGCUGGUCAGCCUGGCCGCAAGUGACCUCCUGAAGUGCUCUGUGGACACACCGCUGCUGCUCUUCUCUUUUCUGCGUUAUGGGAAGGAAAGCCAGGUGUCGGUGCCUGUGUGCACCCUGCAGCAGUUCACCUAUGCCCUGUGCAGCUGCGUCCAGCUGCUCACGCUGGUCAGCAUCAGCGUGGAGCGUUUCCAAGCCAUCGCCUUCCCUUUCCAAACCGAGAGGAGGAAAGCGAGGGUCCGACUCUGGAUCCUGUCCAUCUGGGCAUGCGGCCUCAUCCUGGCGAUCAUCUCACUGACUCUUUCCAAAAAGGCGCUGUUUUACAUGCUCUGUCGCCCGCACAUCGGGGAGCAUGACGACGAGCGACUUCGAUAUUGGGAUCCAUUUGGACCCUAUGUGCUGGUGCCGGUGUGGGGAUUGUCUCUGACUGUGAUCGUGAUCCACUACGUGCGGAUAUUCAAAGUUGUAAGGCAGCACCGUAAGAAAGUGUUUAACCGGGGGGUCCAGCUGCGGCCGACAGUGGCUGAACACGUCUGGGGCUUGUUGAAUGUCCCUGCUUCAUCGCCACGGACAGCCCCACCUGGGUCCUUCGGGUCUCUACCCUCUGUGGUCUCCGGCAGCCCUCUGCCUCCCCGCCGGACGGUACUCUUGGUGGCCGAAGCCGGUGCUCCCUGUGCGGGCUCGUCUACAGGUGGCGCGCCGGGGAGAUCUCCAGAGAUUGUGGGGGCAGUGUGUCUUCUGACACCUGGGGCCAGAGAGCGGGGGAAGAAACAGAUGGAGGGGAAAGUGGCCCAGCGUUUUGGGUACAUAAUCAUUGCGUUCACGCUGUUCUGGGUGCCCAUGGUGGUUAUUUUGCUAAUGAACGUCAUCUCAUGGCAGGACACAGACCAAUUGCUGAUGGAGCUGGAGACAUCAGCUAUGGUGCUGACCUGUGUGCAGGCUGCAGUGGAUCCCCUCAUCUAUACUUUAGUCACCAGACAGUUUCGCUCUGAACUCAGCAAGAUCUUCUCCUCCAUCCCUGCGUGUCCCCUAAAACUAAGGGCCUGAAUGUUCAAUAUCUGAACAAUCGAGUAACGUGCAGUGCACUUUUGGGAAUCGAAAAUACCACUAGAGCUGAAUGUACACAAGCCACUACGUUGUGUUUACAACCACAAUGAUUUAGAGUCGGGUGAAGAA